AUGGAAGAAGCAGUAUUCUCUUCUGAGUGUGAGAGGCACAUGCUUACACUCUUUCAGUGGCAAACGAUGAGACAUAAAAUUGAAGCAGAAACUCGCGAUCAGGCCAAGAGCGAAAAAUGGAUAGCCUACCGUAAAAAAUUAUUAACUGCAUCACAUUUCGGCAAGGUAUGCCGAUUGAGAAAGAAUACACCAAGAGGAAAUACGAUAAAGAGUAUAAUGUAUCCGCAAGUUCAAUAUUUGCGUUCCCUUGAAUACGGAAGAGAGAACGAGGCAAAUGCCUUGAGACAAUUGGAAACGGAACUGGGAAUCCAAAUUCUACCGUGUGGUUUAUUCAUCGAUGCCGUUGUGCCUUAUUUAGGUGCAACUCCUGACGGCCUCGUGGACGAUGAUACUAUCGUCGAAGUGAAAUGCCCUGAAUCGGCGAAGGAUUUAUCGUCUGCUGAAGCAAUAGAGCAACUUCCUGCAAUACGACGUAUUUUCCGGGGUGAUGAAAUGAAUAAAAUUCAUCACUACUAUUAUCAAGUGCAAGGACAGUUGCACAUAACGAAUAGACAAUGUGGUCUAUUCUGUUUAUGGACAAAGAAAGGAAUAAAAAUUACAAAAGUACAAAGAGACGACAGAUUCUGGGCAACAGAAAUGGAGCAAAAACUGAAAAGGUUUUAG